AUGGCAAUGGAUCCCAAACGCGUCAAAUCCGACCUCGUUCUCAUCCUUGACUUCGGUUCCCAAUAUACGCACCUCAUCACUCGCCGCAUUCGCAGCCUCUCCGUCUUCUCCCUCUGCCUCAACGGCACCUCCUCCCUCCAAUCCAUCACCGAACUCAAUCCUUCCCUCGUCAUUCUCUCUGGCGGUCCCCAUUCCGUCCAUACCCCCGACUCCCCUUCCUUCCCCGACGGCUUUCUCCACUGGGCUCAGGACAAUUCCGUCCCCGUCCUCGGUAUUUGCUAUGGACUCCAGCUUCUCGUUCACCGUCUCGGAGGUGAAGUCCGCGUCGGAAACAAGCAGGAGUAUGGACGGAUGGAAAUCCAUGUCCAAAAUGCUUCUGCUCUUUACCCGGUAGAUAAAGUUGGACAUAAUCAACUUGUCUGGAUGAGCCAUGGUGAUGAAGCUGUCACUCUUCCUUCUGGUUUUAAUGUCGUCGCCCGAAGCCAACAGGGUGCUGUUGCUGCUAUAGAGAAUCCCUCUGCCAAAUUAUACGGCCUUCAGUAUCACCCUGAGGUGACUCAUACGCCGGAGGGAAUGGAUACUCUGAAGCAUUUUCUGUUUGAUGUUUGUGGAAUUUCGGCAGAGUGGAAGAUGGAGGAUGUGUUGGAGGAAGAGAUUAGAGUGAUCAAUAAUACAGUGGGGCCUAAGGAGCAUGUUAUUUGUGCUCUAUCAGGCGGUGUUGAUUCCACUGUUGCUGCUACUAUAGUUCAUAAAGCUAUUGGGGAUAGGCUUCAUUGUGUUUUUGUUGACAAUGGCUUGCUAAGGUAUAAGGAGCGGGAACGGGUGAUGGAAACGUUCGAAAAGGAUCUUCAUUUACCAGUUGUAUGUGUUGAUGCUGUAGAUCAAUUUCUUACAAAGCUAAAAGGUGUGACGGAUCCGGAAGUUAAGAGGAAAAUAAUUGGGAAAGAGUUUAUCUGCAUUUUUGAUGACUUUGCUCAUGAGCUGGAGAAGAAACUGGGAACCAGACCUUCUUACUUGGUUCAAGGGACCUUGUACCCUGAUGUGAUUGAAUCAUGCCCACCACCUGGAAGUGGGAGAACCCAUUCCCAUACCAUCAAGAGCCAUCAUAAUGUUGGCGGUCUGCCAAAGGACAUGAAACUGAAACUUAUUGAACCACUUAAGCUUCUUUUCAAGGAUGAGGUUCGUCAAUUAGGGAGGAUCAUGGAUGUUCCUGAGGGAUUUCUAAAACGUCAUCCCUUCCCUGGGCCUGGUCUUGCAGUUAGAGUAUUGGGUGACGUGACUGAAGAUAAUGCAUUAGAUAUUCUCCGACAGGUUGAUGAGAUUUUCAUUCAGUCAAUCAAAGAUGCUGGCCUCUAUGAUGUAAUAUGGCAAGCCUUUGCAGUUUUCUUACCAAUAAGAUCUGUUGGAGUUCAAGGUGAUCAAAGAACACACUCCCAUGUUGUUGCACUCAGAGCUGUUACGAGUCAAGAUGGAAUGACAGCAGACUGGUACUACUUUGAGCACAAGUUCCUUGAUGAUGUCUCACGCAAAAUCUGUAACGGUGUCCGUGGUGUGAAUCGUGUUGUGCAAGAUAUUACGUCAAAGCCUCCAUCAACAAUUGAGUGGGAAUAA